AUGGCAGCCAUGGAAGCGUUUGAAUUGAUCGAGAUAUUGACGAUGGUAAACAUAAUAGAUGAACAUAAUGAUACGUGUAGAUGGUGUCCAAAUCAAGAUGGAGGUUUCUCGGUAAAGAGCUGUUACAAUUGUCUAAGGGAUAUAGAACUCGAAGAUGUCAUAUUAGAAGAAAUAAAUGGAGUAUUACAAAGAUUGUGGAAGACUUGCACUCCUUCAAAAACAAAGGUGUUUGGGUGGAGAGUAAUGCUCAAUAGACUCCCAACCAAAGAUCAAUUGGUUAGGAGAUGGAUCAUUUACAAUGAAGAGGAUAAGGUUUGUGUCUUGGGUCUAAAUGGACUGGAAGAUCUUGAACAUUUAAUGUUUAAAUGCAUGAUUAGCUUGAGAGUAUGGAGGAAAAUCUAUGGUUGGCUAGAGCUGGAUAUGGAGGAAGAGUUGGUUGGUGUGAAUCAUUUUUACCACUUAACAAAUGGUCGUGCAGGAAAGGUAAGAAAGAGGAACAUUGACAUGGUUUGA